GCGCAUUAUAUGGACAGAAUCCCGCAUAUAAUGAAGCAGUCAGUAUGUAUAUUCGGUUCAGUCUGUCAGUGCGCACGCACAGGAAAGAUGUCUAAGAUCUUUCUAAUUCUCACAGCCUGCUUUGUCGCCACACUAGCGGUAGCUGAAUCGGCGAUACCAGUCAAUCGACGCAUAGAGAUUCGAAAUAUACUGGGUUAUUGUAUGACCGCCAAUGACUCCACGGCUUUGAGAGGUGGUAUGUCUACAACCGCCUGUGAUGGAACAGCAGGUCACCAGUAUUGGAUCAUCGAACCGGAAGAAAGCACAUUAUUUGGUAUACGGCUAGAUACAUCAGAUGAUUUCAAUAACACGGAAGUUGAUGAAUCUGGUGCAGAUGGAGAGGUAGGUGUAUGUCUUGACUUCACGACGGGGAUAGAAUUCGGUACGUUCGCGUGCAAUGCAACUCACGACUACCAAUACUUUGCGCUCGAUAGCUAUAAGGGAGGUUUCACCAUCAAGCAACACGUGGAGCGAGACGAUGUUUCCGAAUACUGUGUGUAUAGUGAUCCGGAGAGCUCCAAACACAACCGCAAAUUCGGCCUGCGAUUUUGCCCAACGGCUGAGCCUGAUAGUGAGUUCGACGAAAAAUUUGUAUGGACUUUUCAUACAGUGCAUGAGUAGACGAAAUCAUUUGCGUACUUACGAUAAUUAUCUGUUUUUCUCAUUUAAUGUUGAAUAACCUGAUACGCACGGUAACUGAAGGAUUCCCAUAGCACGUUUAUAUAGCUGGAUAGCAAAGAAAUAAUACUUCGAUCAAAAUAGUAAACUUAGAGCACAUAACUCGUGUGCCUGUAAAUUUUGAAAAAAAACAAUAAACAUCAACAUAAAGACA